GCAUCAUCCUGCCAGGAGGGCUGUCCGCGAUGCUGAUGCUCUGGGCUCCGUACAGCGCUCUGGCCCAACUCACCUGUUACACCUGAGUCAGGGUCUCCAUCCCCCCCCUGCUGCCGCUCCCUGGGGUGUCUCCUGCUCUCCCUGGGGCUCUCGCCACUGCCAGGAGUGACCCACGAAGGUUGCAGAGAUGGCCGGGGCCUCAGUGAAGGUGGCGGUGCGCGUCCGCCCCUUCAAUUCCCGGGAAAUGAGCCGUGACUCCAAGUGCAUCAUCCAGAUGUCCGGAAGCACCACCACCAUCGUCAACCCCAAACAGCCCAAGGAGACGCCCAAAAGCUUCAGCUUCGACUACUCCUACUGGUCACACACCUCGCCCGAGGACAUCAACUAUGCGUCGCAGAAGCAGGUGUACCAGGACAUCGGCGAGGAGAUGCUGCAGCACGCCUUUGAGGGCUACAACGUCUGCAUCUUCGCCUACGGCCAGACGGGGGCCGGCAAGUCCUACACCAUGAUGGGCAAGCAGGAGAAGGACCAACAGGGCAUCAUCCCGCAGCUUUGCGAGGACCUGUUCUCCCGCAUCAAUGACACGACCAAUGACAACAUGUCCUACUCGGUGGAGGUCAGCUACAUGGAGAUCUACUGUGAGCGUGUCCGCGACCUCCUGAACCCCAAGAACAAGGGCAACCUGCGUGUGAGGGAGCACCCGCUGCUGGGGCCGUACGUGGAGGACCUCUCCAAGCUGGCCGUCACCUCCUACAAUGAUAUCCAGGACCUCAUGGACUCAGGGAACAAGGCCAGGACUGUGGCCGCCACGAACAUGAAUGAGACCAGCAGCCGCUCCCACGCCGUCUUCAACAUCAUCUUCACUCAGAAGCGCCACGAUGCGGAGACUGACAUCACCACAGAGAAAGUGAGCAAAAUCAGCCUGGUGGACUUGGCUGGGAGCGAGCGGGCUGACUCCACAGGAGCGAAGGGCACGCGGCUCAAGGAGGGAGCCAAUAUCAACAAGUCCUUGACUACACUGGGGAAGGUCAUCUCUGCUCUGGCUGAAAUGGACUCUGGGCCCAAUAAGAACAAGAAAAAGAAGAAGACAGAUUUCAUUCCCUACCGAGAUUCUGUGCUGACCUGGCUCCUCAGGGAGAACCUGGGUGGGAACUCGAGGACGGCAAUGGUGGCGGCCCUGAGCCCCGCAGACAUCAACUACGACGAGACCCUGAGCACGCUGAGGUACGCGGACCGGGCUAAGCAGAUCCGCUGUAAUGCCGUCAUCAACGAGGACCCCAACAACAAGCUGAUCCGUGAGCUGAAGGAUGAGGUGACCCGGCUGCGGGACCUGCUGUAUGCCCAGGGUCUUGGGGACAUCACCGACAUGACCAAUGCCCUGGUGGGCAUGAGCCCCUCAUCCUCGCUCUCGGCCCUGUCCAGCCGCGCGGCCUCUGUGUCCAGCCUGCAUGAGCGCCUCUUGUUUGCCCCGGGCAGUGAGGAGGCCAUCGAAAGGCUGAAGGAGACAGAGAAGAUCAUAGCUGAACUCAACGAGACCUGGGAGGAAAAGCUUCGGCGGACAGAAGCCAUCCGGAUGGAGAGGGAAGCCCUGCUGGCUGAGAUGGGCGUGGCCAUGAGGGAGGAUGGUGGCACUCUGGGUGUGUUCUCUCCCAAAAAGACGCCGCAUCUUGUCAACCUGAACGAGGACCCGCUGAUGUCUGAGUGCCUCCUCUACUAUAUCAAGGAUGGGCUCACCAGAGUGGGCCGUGAGGACGGGGAGAGGCGGCAGGACAUCGUCCUGAGCGGGCACUUCAUCAAGGAGGAGCACUGUGUCUUCCGCAGUGACUCCAGAGGCGGCAGUGAAGCCGUGGUGACCCUGGAGCCUUGUGAAGGGGCAGACACCUACGUCAAUGGCAAGAAAGUCACGGAGCCCAGCAUCCUUCGGUCAGGAAACCGCAUCAUCAUGGGGAAGAGCCACGUGUUCCGGUUCAACCACCCUGAGCAGGCGCGGCAGGAGCGCGAGCGCACGCCCUGCGCGGAGACGCCCUCAGAGCCUGUGGACUGGGCCUUCGCCCAGCGCGAGCUGCUGGAGAAGCAGGGCAUUGACAUGAAGCAGGAGAUGGAGCAGAGGCUCCAGGAGCUUGAGGACCAGUACCGCCGGGAGCGGGAGGAGGCCACCUACCUGCUGGAGCAGCAAAGGCUGGACUAUGAGAGCAAGCUGGAGGCCCUGCAGAAGCAGAUGGAGUCCAGGUACUUCACAGAAGUGAACGAGGAGGAGGAAGAGCCAGAGGACGAAGUCCCGUGGACGGAGAGGGAGUGCGAGCUGGCGCUGUGGGCCUUCCGGAAGUGGAGGUGGUACCAGUUCACGUCGCUGCGGGACCAGCUCUGGGGCAAUGCUAUCUUCCUCAAGGAGGCCAACGCCAUCAGCGUGGAGCUCAAGAAGAAGGUCCAGUUCCAGUUUGUCCUUCUCACGGACACACUCUACUCCCCACUGCCUCCCGACCUGCUGCCCCCAGAGGCUGCCAAAGACCGAGAGACGCGACCCUUCCCCCGCACCAUCGUGGCUGUGGAGGUGCAGGACCAGAAGAACGGGGCCACCCACUAUUGGACGCUGGAGAAGCUCAGGCAGCGCCUAGACCUGAUGCGGGAGAUGUAUGACCGGGCAGCCGAGGUGCCCUCCAGCGUCAUCGAGGACUGUGACAACGUGGUGACUGGCGGAGACCCCUUCUACGACCGGUUCCCCUGGUUCCGGCUGGUGGGCAGUUCAGUCAUCUCUGGCUGCAGCAGCUACCCUCUUCUCAACACGUGCAUGAGCGCGCGCAUGGCUGCUCUCACCCCCUCCCCCACCUCCUCGAGCCCCGACUCCGACACCACCGAGCCUGCGGAGGAGCAGAGCCUGGGGGAGGAGGAGGAGGAGGAGGAGGAGGCGGAGGAGGAGGAGGAGGACCUGGAGGACGACGUCUUUCUGGAGCACACGCUGUGCCACGGCCGGGACCCGUUUUACGACCGGCCCCCCCUGUUCAGUUUAGUAGGAAGGGCCUUCGUGUACCUGAGCAACCUGCUGUACCCCGUGCCCCUGGUGCACCGAGUGGCCAUCGUCAGCGAGAAGGGCGAGGUGAAGGGCUUUCUGCGUGUGGCCGUGCAGGCCAUCUCAGCCGAUGAAGAGGCUCCUGAUUAUGGCUCGGGCGUCCGCCAGUCAGGAACAGCCAAAAUCUCCUUUGAUGACCAGCAUUUCGAAAAGUUCCAGUCUGAGUCCUGCCCUGUGGUGGGGAUGUCUCGUUCCGGGACCUCCCAAGAAGAGCUGCGCAUUGUGGAAGGCCAGGGCCAGGGAGCAGACGCAGGGCCCUCCGCCGACGAGGUCAACAACAACACCUGCUCAGCAGCGGUGCCUCCAGAAAGCCUCCUCCUAGACAGUCCUGAGAAGCCCACCCUGGAUGGGCCCCUGGAUGCCGCCCUGGACCACCUGCGCCUGGGCAGCACCUUCACCUUCCGCGUGACCGUCCUGCAGGCGUCCAGCAUCUCUGCGGAGUACGCUGACAUCUUCUGCCAGUUCAACUUCAUCCAUCGCCAUGAUGAGGCCUUCUCCACGGAGCCCCUGAAGAACACGGGGAGGGGCCCCCCACUUGGCUUCUACCACGUCCAGAAUAUUGCCGUGGAGGUGACCAAGUCCUUCAUCGAAUACAUCAAGAGCCAGCCCAUCGUGUUCGAGGUCUUCGGCCACUACCAGCAGCACCCAUUCCCGCCCCUCUGCAAGGACGUGCUCAGCCCCCUGAGACCCUCACGCCGCCAUUUCCCACGGGUCAUGCCGCUGUCCAAGCCAGUGCCCGCCACCAAGCUCAGCACGCUGACACGGUCCUGCCCUGGGCCACGCCACUGCAAAUACGACCUGCUGGUUCACUUUGAGAUCUGUGAGCUGGAGGCCGAUGGCGAUUACAUCCCUGCAGUGGUGGACCACCGUGGCGGCAUGCCGUGCAUGGGGACCUUCCUGCUCCACCAGGGCAUUCAGAGACGGAUAACCGUGACACUGCUGCACGAGACGGGCAGCCAUAUCCGCUGGAAGGAAGUGCGAGAGCUAGUCGUGGGUCGCAUCCGAAACACCCCAGAAACAGACGAGUCCCUGAUUGACCCCAACAUCUUAUCUCUCAACAUUCUCUCGUCUGGGUACAUCCACCCGGCCCAGGAUGACCGUCGGUCAUGGAGGAGGGCGAGCGCGCUCUGGACAAGCCCACACGACCCUGCUGUCUCCCCCAGUCCUCGCGACACCCACGCACCUCGAGCGGCCCCAUACAGAGAGAAGAUCUACAUGACCGUCUCUGCUUACAUUGAGAUGGAGAAUUGUGCCCAGCCAGCCGUCAUCACCAAGGACUUCUGCAUGGUCUUCUACUCCCGAGACGCCAAGCUGCCCGCCUCGCGCUCCAUCCGAAAUCUGUUCGGCAGCGGGAGCCUGCGGUCCUCGGAGAGCAACCGUGUAACUGGUGUCUAUGACCUCAGCCUGUGUCAUGUGGCCGAUGCGGGCAGCCCAGGGAUGCAGCGGCGGCGCCGUCGGGUGCUGGACACGUCUGUGGCCUACGUGCGGGGUGAGGAGAACCUGGCGGGCUGGAGGCCCCGCAGUGACAGCCUUAUCCUGGACCACCAGUGGGAGCUGGAGAAGCUGAGCCUGCUGCAGGAGGUGGAGAAGACCCGGCACUACCUGCUGCUGCGGGAGAAGCUGGAGACCACCCAGCGGCCCGGCCCCGAGACUCUGUCCCCGGCCUCCAGCGAGGACUCCGAGGCCCACAGCUUGUCCAGCGCCUCCUCCCCACUCUCGGCUGACGGCCGAGCGUCGCCCCCGGAAACUCCCAACGAGAGGCAGCGGGAGCUGGCCGUCAAGUGUUUGCGCCUCCUCACGCACACGUUCAACAGAGAGUACACACACAGCCACGUCUGCAUCAGCGCUAGCGAGAGCAAGCUCUCUGAGAUGUCCGUCACACUGCUGCAGGACACGUCCCUGUCCCCUCUGGGGGUGGCCACGCUCACUCCCUCCUCUACCUGCCCCUCUCUGGUCGAAGGGCGGUAUGGAGCAGCCGACCUGAGGAGCCUGCAGCCCAGCUCCCGGCCGGCCAGCCCGGAGCCCGAGAAUGUGCCAGAGGCUGAUUCCAAGAAGAUCCCCUCCCCUGCUCGGGCCACGGAAUCGGACAAGGAGCCCCAGCGCCCGCUGGUUCCCGACAUCCAGGAGGUCCGGGUCAGCCCCAUCGUCUCCAAGAAGGGCUACCUGCACUUCCUGGAGCCGCACACGGCCGGCUGGGCCAAGCGCUACGUGGUGGUGCGGCGGCCCUACGCCUACAUGUACAACAAUGACAAGGACACUGUAGAGAGGUUUGUGCUCAACCUCUCCACUGCCCAGGUGGAGUACAGCGAGGACCAGCAGGCCAUGCUCAAGACGCCCCACACGUUCGCCGUGUGCACGGAGCACCGCGGCAUCCUGCUGCAGGCCAGUAGCGACAAGGACAUGCACGACUGGCUGUACGCGUUCAACCCGCUCCUGGCCGGGACCAUACGGUCCAAGCUUUCCAGAAGGAGGUCUGCCCAGAUGCGGGUCUGAGUGGAAGACACCCCCACUCCAGACAGCCAGCAGGCCCGGCCUGCCCCCUCUCACCAUCCGUCUGUCUUUGCCACCCAGUCCUUCCCACCAGACAAGCCAACAAGUCCCCUCAUCCCAGGGACGCUGUGCUGGGCCAGCGAGCCCGACUCUGGCCGGGGACCUGCACCACAUGACUGUCAUGCUCCCGGUGGAGGCCGUGUUAUCGUCAUCCUUCCUUCUCUGAGACUGUGCCCCGGGGGGAGGGGGAGGGGGGAAGAGCUCGGAGAUGCUGGAGAGACCGGAGGGCACCAGUCAGGGGCAUCGGUGACGUUCUCAUAUUUUUUUAAGCAUAGACAGACUUAUAAUUAAUAUACAGUAGUUAGCGACAUGGAAGCAGUCCACUCAGAAGUUAACUAUAAGACUGUAUUCUAUUUAUAAGUAUUUAUUUCUAACGACCUUUAGGAUUCAGAUGGACCUGUUCCCGCUUGUUCCCACACCAGUCUCCCAAGCCUCUUAGGGACAGAUAGGGUGGGCAGCUGCCUCGGAAGACCACAGUGAGGUUGGUGCCACUGGGCCACCUGCCUGAGGCCUCUCCCCAGCUGCUCAUGGGGCAGACCCUUGUCCUGGGGUGUGUACCUGAGUCAGGGGGACCUGAUGCCUGAGGUCCCAGCAGCACAGAAGGUGGUGUGUGUCCCUUCUAGCAGGAGGUACAGCCACAUCCAACCUGCACAGCAGCCGCCUGAGCUGUGACUCCCAGCAGUGCCAGUGCAGCUCCCAGGAGGGUGUGGGAGGUGAGGCAGUGGUAGGGCUGCAAGGGCUAUGCUGGCGGGGUUGGGGAGGAGGGACAGGAGUCCAUGCUCGUGUCGUGUGUCCAGGCAGGUAGGGUGAGGCUGGCUGGGCUUAGAGGUGGUCCAGGGUGAUGGUCCAGGCAGCGAGGGGCUUGAGGUACAGCCUCCCCAGUUGCUGUGAGAAAUGGGGUGAGCUCAAGGUUUUUCCUGGGAAGGAAGUCUGAGAUUUCCCCUCUUAGCCCCGAGAGAAGAGAGUUCCAUGAGUGCCAUGGGCUCCUCCUCCCCCUUCUGCAUCAGAUGUGCCACCAUUCUCUUGUUCUGGCCUCUCUGCAGACCCUGUGCCCACGGGUUGGCCAGGACAGGACAGGAGUCAGCCCAAGCCAAGAGUCUGGCCAAGGGUCCUGUCCAGGCCCUAAACCCAGCAGAGAAACCACAGGGGGUCUCCUGGGACCUGUUCCCACACCCGAGGCACAUUGGGCCUCUUUUUAGCUCAAGAAAAACAAAACACUGCAAAACUGUCCCCAGCAGAGCAGCUUCACUUGGCCCCAGUUCAUGCCCAGCCUUGCUGGUCCACAGCUUUCUCUGGCAACUCCCGCCAUCCUUGCCAGCCCCUGCUGGGCACCGCUCACUGACACCAGCUUCCACUUGGCUUGGAGGACUCCAGCUCACCCUGGAGACAGUGGUUCUGAGACCCACACUGUCGCACGUGGUGCUGACAUGACACAUGGACAUUCUCACGGUUCUGGCCACUGAGGCCAAGGUGCCCCCAGCUCCUUCCUCUGGGGAUGUGAGGUGUGGGCUUCAUCCGAGGGAUGAGGUUCCAGUGAGGUUUUCCUUUGGGGAAGUUGUUCAGGCCCCUCAAGCUUGGCCUCAGAUGAGGAAUGAAGGAAGGCGGAUCCUGUGGCCGCCUGUGUGUGCCCGCCAGCCUGCACCAGCCCAGCAGGAGGCUGACAGCCCUUCUGUGCCUGGACAGCGCUCCUGAGGGGAAGCCGCCAGCGAGCGUCUGGGCGCACAUUGUCCAGAAGCAGGGACAGUGCUCACCUCCACAGGUGUUCCCGGAGGUGAUGGGCUGAGACACACAGGAGAGGAGCUAGCCUGGGACAAACACUGGCUUCUAUGACAGCCCGUGGCGGGGAGAAGCAGGAAGGGGCGAGUGCUAAGAGAGGCUCCCCAGGGCCCAGCCACGGCCCACUCAGGUCAGCCAGCCUGAGGGCGUGGCCCCAAGAGGGUCUGAGGCCUUGGCACGAGGGUACAGGUGUCUGAGGCCAGCCAACCUGCAGAGCACCUGUGUCCUGGGCAGGGCUGAGGGAAGGGACCCCCGAGAGGGUUUUCGCAAUCUCCCCAAAUACAGGAGCCUCCCCAGCCAUGGAGGCUUCCAGGGACCGUUUCAUCCUGGCCUGGGCCGUCUUGGCAGUGAUGAGGAGCCAGGCGUGGACCUGGCGUCCCUUCCGGGCCUGCUGUAGCGGGAGGUCCUAGGUCCGAGUCCAGACACCCAGAGUGGCCGGAGAGGAAACCCACGCGGAGUCAGGAGGCCUGGUCUCUGUGCCCGCCAUGCCCGAACCUCCAUGUGUCAUGUUAGCUGAGACAAGUCGUUUAUCAAGCCAGGACUUUGGUUCCACAUCUGUGACAAGCGAGGCUCAUCUGGGGGCCCCUGAGGGUUUGCACCCUUUGGGGUGCAGAGAGCAAAGUCAGGUCUGGUGUGGCUUCUCUUCCCGCUGAGUAGGGAGGAGAGAGAGAUCCAGAAAGCCAACUCUGGUGGGUUUUGUUUGAAUGCUUGAUGCUGCUCAGGCUGCGGCCUCGUUUUUGAAAGACCAUUCUCGUCCGGAUCCGCUCUGUGUCCCCCCCGACCCAGCGGAGCGUGAGUUCCUUCCAGAGGCUCUAGGGAGAGGUCCCGGGGGGAUGCUGGGCUUGGCCAGCUGGCCAUGGGCUCCAGUAACCUGGCUGGUGUCCAGGGUGUGUGUGAUACUCAGUAGUUGCAAGGACUCCCUGUUCUGAGUAACCACUCGUGAGGUGGCAAUGUUUCAGUUCGGCCACACACACAUGCACAUACACACACACCCAGGCGGCUGUGUGAGGCAGUCCCACCUCAGGCGGGUGUGGCGAAGUGCUCGGGGAGGUGUGAGCAGGUUGCCACGCUGGUCCUCCAGACAACAGGCUGUGGCUUCUUCCUGGGCCUGUGCUUCCUGUAGCUGCCUGUCCCUGGGGCUCCCUGUGGCUUGUACAUACGUGGUUGUGUGGCACACCCACCCCUGCACCAUAACUGCCAUCCUGCCGUGAUGACUCCAGUUCCCCAACGUCCUGACCCCGAGUGUUAGCUCUAGGCUCCCAUACUGUGUGUGCACCUACGCUCUGUCCAGUUAUGAAAUAAAUGUGGUUCCUCACGCAGCUC